GGAUCGGAAAUAAUAAAGUAGUUUAGUUGUUUCAACUGGCAUUGUGUAAAAAGAAAGAAUACACGUAUGUAUUAGUUAAAGGAGACAGAUGUUUCCUGUUUUUGUGCGGAGUGACUGGCGGUCCACCUGGAGCAGCCCGUCCCUGAGCACAGCUGCUCUCAAAUCUCUCCCCUCAGGGAUUUUCCGCGUUCUCCACCGACACAAACACCUCCCUGCGUGGACCGGGAAAAAAAAACAACAAGGUUUUCAUCCUCACCAAACAACGUCUGUUGGCUUCCCAUAUAGUAAACAUUUUUUUAAGCAACAACCAUGGGAGAAAUGACAGCUGCAAAGACCUUCUCAGAAGUUAUAAGUCAGAUAUUCCAAGAGGCGCCAGCUGCCAGGAAAGAUCUGGUUGAUAACCAGAGCAACCUUCUCCGAGUGGCAGAGUACUGCGAGAACAACUACCUCCAGGCGGAUGAUCCGACCAAAGCUGUGGAGGAGACCAAGGCUCUGACCACCCAGGCUUUAGCCAGUGUCACCUACCAGAUCAACAGCGUGGCCAGCACCGUGCUCAGGCUGCUGGACUCCCAGGCCAUGCAGAUCAAAGACAUGGAGUCUUCCGUCAACCUGCUGUCACUGGCUGCUGCGUUCCACUUUGAGAAGGUGGCCAGGAGGGAGAUCGGUGUUUUCACCACACCCAAAGACAAGAGCCGAUCCAAACCCAUGGCCCUGCCCCCUUCAGGCACAGAGCAGGAGAUGGAUUACAUGAGAACUCCGAUAUCAUACACCAUCUUGGACACCGUUGGACACUAUUUCCAGGUCAAAGAGCAGCAGCCCAGCAAGAACACAGAGAGCACGGAGCGAGCUGAAGAACACUCAGUGUCGGCCCAUGGCAUCGCCGUACCUCUACCCUCUGUUCCCACUAAGCCCACAGCAAGCAGCCUGCCUCCCCCUCCUCCACCUGCUUCUGCCACAAACCUGCCUUCUCCUCCUUCCUCAAUGGACACUGGCCUCCCUCCUCCACCCUCCUUUCCAUCUCCAUCCAAUCUCCCCCCACCCCCUCCUCCACCGGCCAUCGGCCUGUUGGACAACAGCUUCCUUCCACCCCCUCCGCCUCCUGCUGCCAGCAGCACCGGUCUACCUCCUCCUCCUCCUCCUCCUCCUCCUCUUCCUCCAACCAGUGGUGUACCACCACCACCACCACCCCCUCCCCCACCACCUCUCUUCUAGAUGGUAGAUUGUGUCACUCAGGGUUUUGCUAACUUUGAAGCAGAACUAAGGCAAAGUGUCUGUGUGUGUGUGUGUGUGUGUGUGUGUG